GCUUCUUUAUGUUAUGUGAAAUUAAGUCAUAACAAUGCAUUUUUUCAAGGAGCUGAACUUGUGUUUUGUUUAACCUUCAGUAUCUAAACUGUUCAUUAGCCUGCGGCUGUGAAAUAAAUGUAAUAUAUCCACGCCCCUUCUUUGGCUAAUGGGAGGAAAAUAGAAUCAAAUUGGAUUCCUCAAAUCAAAUAGGUUACUUCAAAAAUAACGAAAAGGACUUGAAUAAAUGUAUUAGUGAUAGUUGGUGAAUUUAGGGGAAAAAAACUCACUUAACGCCGGAAGUUAUAUUUCUGUCACCGCAUGUAGCUUGACGCUCCGCUCGGAAAAGCAGCGAGUUGCGGUGAAACGAAGACUGAAGGGAGUGGAGGAGAGGAGGAAGCAGGAUGGUAGGAGCGAAUACUAUUCCCUUUAAUUGACCCAUAUUUUACAGUAGACCUAGAUAUUAUCUGGAAUAUUUCUUGCUCUCGAGGAUUAUUCUCCAUCCGCCAAAAUGUCGGCGUCGGCGAUAUUUAUCCUCGACCUGAAGGGAAAGGUGUUAAUCUGCCGUAACUACAUGGGGAACAUGGACAUGAAUGAGAUUGACCAUUUUAUGCCCAUCCUGAUGAAGAGAGAAGAGGAGGCAGAGAUGACUCCUAUGGUCACCCAUGGCUCCUCACACUUCCUGUGGAUAAAACACAGCAACCUUUACCUGGUGGCGAUGACGAAGAAGAAUGCCAACGCUGCUCUGGUGUACUCCUUUCUUUAUAAAAUCAUCCAGGUAUUUAAGGAGUACUUUAAGGAGCUUGAGGAGGAGAGUAUUCGAGACAACUUUGUGACGGUGUAUGAGCUGAUGGACGAAGUGAUGGACUUUGGUUUCCCUCAGACAACGGACAGCAAGAUCCUACAAGAGUACAUCACCCAGCAGGGUCACAAAUUAGAGAUCGGGGCUCCUCGACCUCCUGCCACCGUCACCAAUGCUGUGUCGUGGCGAUCAGAGGGCAUCAAGUACAGGAAGAACGAAGUCUUUAUGGAUGUCAUCGAGUCAGUAAAUCUUCUGGUGAACGCCAAUGGCAGUGUGCUGCGGAGUGAAAUAGUGGGCACCAUCAAGCUCAAAGUAGUCCUGUCGGGGAUGCCUGAACUCAGACUGGGCCUCAAUGAUAAAGUGCUGUUUGAAAUCACAGGCAGAGAGAAGAGUAAGACAGUGGAGCUGGAGGAUGUGAAGUUUCAUCAGUGUGUCCGUCUGUCACGCUUCGAGAACGACCGCACCAUCUCUUUCAUCCCCCCCGACGGCGAGAGCGAGCUUAUGUCCUACCGCCUUAACACUACAGUGAAGCCUCUCAUAUGGAUCGAGAGUGUGAUUGAGAAGUUCUCUCACAGCCGUGUAGAGAUCAAGGUGAAGGCUCGAGGUCAGUUCAAGAGCCGGUCCACUGCCAACAAUGUGUCCAUUCUGGUGCCAGUGCCCAGUGAUGCUGACUCACCAAAGUUCAAGACCAGCACAGGCAGCGCCAAGUGGGUGCCCGAGAAGAGCGUGGUUCAGUGGAACAUCAAGUCCUUCCCUGGUGGUAAGGAGUAUAUAAUGCGUGCGCACUUUGGGCUACCCAGUGUGGACAGUGAUGAGCUGGAGGCAAAGAGACCAAUCACAGUUAACUUUGAGAUUCCUUAUUUCACCGUAUCUGGGAUUCAGGUGCGUUACCUUAAGAUCAUAGAGAAGAGUGGUUACCAGGCAUUACCAUGGGUGCGCUACAUCACACAAAGUGGAGAUUACCAGCUCCGGACAAACUAAAGGGCACAGAUGCUGCUAGACGAAUGGAUAUUUUCUCCCUCUGUCUGUCUCCCUCUCUCCCUUUCUCGACUCUCUCUGUUUCUCUGGCUCCCUAUCUGCCACAGACAGCAGAGGACAAGCACAUGAGGACACAUGAAAUUGUUCCCCAGCCUGCACAGAAACAACACUUCAUCCCUUCCUCUAAGACUCUUCAAACUGAGAUGGGAAAUGCUGUUGCAUCACCUCUGACCUGUGAUUUUUCCAAGGGCUUCUCAGGAUUCCAGCAAAAUGUUUUAUUAUGUGAAUAAUGAGCUGAUAACUGUGUGACACUGUCUGGUUCUGACAAGUUCUCAAUUCAUCACUUUUAAUAGGCUAUCCCUCAAGGUUAAUUUAGAGCUUAAUUUUGGUGGUAAAUAUAAAAUAAAUCCUUUUUAGUCAUUGGCUUGUCUACUGAGAUGUGUAGCUUUAUACUGUGUAACAUGCAAAACCAAAAUAUAGUGUACAGCAAAUAUACAGGAACUAUGAUGGCUCAUUGUUAAUUUAUUUCUCAAAGGACAGAAUAUUUCACAUGUGUAUUUUUUUAUAAAUCUAGUGUGCCAUUGUUCAUUCCUGAUUUGUAUUCUUGUAGGUUGGUCCAUGCUUCUUUAAAUGCAAGGGAUUCUCUCCCUCAUGGGUUCUGUCCUUACGUUAUUGUCCAGGACUGCAUUAUAACUCUGUUAUUAACCUUCGUCCCUCUCAAAGGCAUAUUCUUUUCCCGGAACCUUAAUAUCACAUAUUCAUUGCCUUAAACAAAAUGUCUGUGUAUCAUCACAUUUAGCACUGUGAACAUAAUCCCCAGUGAACUGAAACUAACACCAGCGACCAGAUCAAUGAUUAAUAAGGCACAAUAUUGUCAGAGGCAUUGGCACUGUAACAUAAUACCAUCAACCUGCUCUCAUGGGGCCUGUAACCUUGUCCUUGUUUUAGCAAUCAGCUUGCCGCUUUGAGGCAGGGACUGAAGGAAUGAGCAUGGUGCAGCAUUUUCUGUCAUACUUCUAUCUGUUGUUUAUACUGUACUAUAGUUACUCCCCUGUGGAAGUUGUUUGAAGGGCAAGGCAGGGGAUGGGGUGGCGCAGGACAAAGCUACAAAAAAACCUGCAUGGAUUUCUUUACAGAAUCUGAGAAUAUAUAUCAUAUAUUGAGGUAAUUGUUUUUCCAUUACCUUUUUAAAAAAAAAUAUAUUUAGUAUGUUGACCUCUGCAUUCCCAUCAACUUUUGUAAAGCGGUGUGUGGUGUGAUUCACUCCCUCUGUUAUGCAUGCAUUGCACCACAUCAGUUCAGCUGCUCUACAAACAGCAAAAAGGGUCCUGUGUCGAUUUAUUGCCUCUCUCUGACAGAGACUUCUUUUACAAUCAUUCAAUUUUAUUGUUGGAACAUGUUUUCUGCAACCAAUGACGAUUCUUAAUAAGUGUGUGUUCUCAUGUGUUCGCAUACAUUUAUCUAACUACUAUUUGUCAUUAGGAAACAAAGGGAUAUAUUUGGAAAUAAAAAAUGUUUUGUAUCUUG